GCAGGUCCUGGCGUGGCGGCGGCGCGUGACGUCAGGGGAGGGAGCUGGCCAGUGCUGAGGGGGCGCGGCGCAGAGGGGCGCGGAGCCCGGCGGCUCGGGGCCCCAGAGCGCGCCGUGGCCGGGAGCCCGCCGGCCCCUGACAGCCCCCUCCCCCCGGUGGACGACGACGAGGGCGCCGGUCAUGGCGGAGCAGCGAACUCGGUGCGGGCGCUGAGGACCGGCGCAUGGAGCGGGACGAACGGCCGCCUAGCGGAGGGGGAGGCGGCGGGGGCUCGACGGGGUUCCUGGAGCCGCCCGCCGCGCUCCCUCCGCCGCCACGCAACGGUUUCUGUCAGGAUGAAUUGACAGAGCUUGAUCCAGGCACUAAUGGGGAAACUGACAGUUUAACACUUGGCCAAGGUCACACAGCUGUUUCUGUUCCAGACGAUCGGGCUGAACAACGAACCUGUCUUAUUUGUGGGGACCGUGCUACAGGCUUGCACUAUGGGAUCAUCUCCUGUGAGGGCUGCAAAGGGUUUUUCAAGCGGAGCAUUUGCAACAAACGGGUGUACCGGUGCAGUCGUGACAAGAACUGUGUCAUGUCUCGGAAGCAGAGGAACAGAUGCCAGUACUGUCGCCUCCUCAAAUGCCUCCAGAUGGGCAUGAACCGGAAAGCUAUCAGAGAAGAUGGCAUGCCUGGAGGCCGGAAUAAAAGCAUCGGGCCAGUCCAGAUAUCUGAAGAAGAGAUUGAAAGGAUCAUGUCUGGACAGGAGUUUGAGGAAGAAACCAAUCACUGGAGCAACCAUGGUGACAGUGACCACAGUUCCCCUGGGAAUAGGGCUUCAGAGAGCAACCAGCCCUCACCAGGCUCCACGCUGUCCUCCAGUAGGUCUGUGGAACUAAAUGGAUUCAUGACAUUCAGGGAUCAGUAUAUGGGCAUGUCUGUGCCUCCCCAUUAUCAAUACAUACCACACCUUUUUAGCUAUUCUGGCCACUCACCGCUUCUGCCCCAACAAGCUCGCAGCUUAGACCCCCAGUCAUACAGUCUGAUUCACCAGCUGAUGUCAGCAGAGGACCUGGAGCCAUUGGGCACGCCCAUGUUGAUUGAAGAUGGAUAUGCUGUGACACAGGCCGAGCUGUUUGCCCUGCUUUGCCGCCUGGCUGAUGAGCUGCUCUUUAGGCAGAUUGCUUGGAUCAAGAAGCUGCCUUUCUUCUGCGAGCUCUCAAUCAAGGAUUACACGUGCCUCUUGAGCUCUACGUGGCAGGAGUUAAUCCUGCUAUCGUCCCUCACAGUUUACAGCAAACAGAUCUUUGGGGAGCUGGCUGAUGUCACUGCCAAGUACUCACCCUCUGAUGAAGAACUACACAGAUUUAGUGAUGAAGGGGUGGAGGUGAUUGAGCGGCUCAUCUACCUCUACCACAAGUUCCAUCAGCUAAAGGUCAGCAAUGAGGAGUACGCGUGCAUGAAAGCAAUUAACUUCCUAAAUCAAGAUAUCAGGGGUCUGACCAGUGCUUCACAGCUGGAGCAGUUGAACAAGCGAUACUGGUACAUUUGCCAGGAUUUCACUGAAUAUAAAUACACGCAUCAGCCAAACCGCUUUCCUGAUCUCAUGAUGUGCUUACCUGAGAUUCGAUACAUUGCAGGAAAGAUGGUGAAUGUGCCCUUGGAGCAGCUGCCCCUCCUCUUUAAAGUGGUGCUGCACUCCUGCAAGACAAAUGUGGUCAAGGAAUGACCUGCCCUGCACCCGCCUCAGGACAGGCUCUAGAGAAGAGAGCCAGAGAGACCAAGAUGGAUGCCGUGGAGUCCUGCCUCCAUAGCAAGAAGAGUUUUUGUUUGUUUGUUUGUUUGUUUAACCUCAUUUUUCUAUAUAUUUAUUUCACGACAGAGUUGAAUGUAUGGCCUUCAACAUGAUGCACAUGCUUUUGUGUGAAUGCAGCAGAUGCAUUUCCUUGCAGUUUACAGAAUGUGAAGAUGUUUAAUGUUACAGUGUUGUCAUUGUUUAGAGAUAGUUCUUUUGUAUUUUGAGGGAGAGUGUGGAACGAGCUGAGAUGACUAUUUCCAUGAUGUUGACAAAGACGACUACCUCAAUGGAAGCGGGGGUGUGACCAUCCCUAUUUCUUCCACAUUUUCUCAGCAGACAUACACUUGUCUGUCAGAGAGCAACUGCCUUUUUCUAGACUUGUCAGGUGAAAGUACACCAAAGGGGCAAAGUGGUGGGGGGUGA